AUGGCUUCUCUCAUAGCCGCUGGGGCGGUUGCUUUCUUGCUCAUAUGCCUUCUCAUCCACACCCUGUCAAAUAAAUCAAAAAUCCCCAAAGAUGCCAAGUUACCUCCUGGUCCCAAAGGGAAACCCCUAGUUGGAAACCUACCAGACAUACCUUCUAAACACUCAUGGAUAAAGUUCAAAUCUUGGGCAGACCAAUAUGGUCCCAUCUUUCGACUCAGCAUCUUUGGUCGAAAUCUCGUUGUCGUUUCGACCGAGAAGAUUGCCAACGACUUGCUUCGCGAGCGAGGCAAUCUUUACUCGUCUCGUGAGCAAUUACCUAUGGCUGCCAAACUGAUGUCGAAGGAUCUGAGACCUUUAUUUCUUCCAUAUGGAGAAUUGUGGCGUCGAGGACGCAAAGUGAUGCAUACCAUGACCAUGCAAUCGGCAGCGACUUCAUACCAGCCUGUUCAGAUCUACGAGUCAGAACGGAUGUUAUUUGACCUGAUCAAAACGCCAGAACGAUACGAUCACCUCUUCGAGCGAUACGCUGGUGCAGUCAUCAUGCGUCUCGGUUAUGGCAAGACGAUUGAAACAGGCGACGAACCAUAUGUUCGCAGGAUCUUGAAAGUCGUUCACACAGUUGAACGCGUUGCUUCGCCGGGAGCAUAUCUUGUCGACACGUUUCCCAUCUUGAUGCAUUUGCCGACGUGGCUGGCUCCGUUUAAACAGGAAGCCGCAAAAUUGCAUGACUUUGAAAUCACAUUGUUUCGACAGCUGCUGUUCGAAGUGCGUGACAAAAUGACAGCCGAUAAGAACUGUCCGAGAUGCUUUGCAAAGACUUUUCUCGAGAGACAGGCUGAAUUCGGUCUCUCAGACGACGAAGGCGCGUAUGUAGUUGGAACACUCUUCGAAGCGGGAGCCGGAACCACUGCUGCGGCUAUGAUGUCUUUUGUCCUCGCCAUGUGUCACUAUCCUAACUGGCAGAAGAAAAUGCAGCAAGAGGUGGACUCGGUCGUUGGAGACGACCGAAUGCCAGAGUUUAAUGAUAUUCCGUCGUUGCCGAUGGUGAGAGCUGUGGCGAAAGAAGUCUUGAGAUGGCGCCCCGUCACCGCUGGAGGUGUCCCUCACGAAUUGAUCAGGGAUGAUGUGUAUAAUGGGUACUUUUUCCCAGCAGGUACCAAUAUCCAUGCAAAUCAGUGGGCCAUCCAUCGUGACCCCGACCUGUAUCCGGACCCUGAGACCUUUAAUCCCGAUCGCUGGCUCUCCCCCAAGUACCCAACCUACCGCGAACCCCUCGACAAAUUUCCCAACCUCCAGAACUACUCUUGUUUCGGAUUCGGCCGUCGAAUCUGCCCCGGCAUGAAUAUCGCUGAGAACUCUCUCCAUAUAUUGAUCGCAAGGAUGGCUUGGGCCGUUGACAUCUCCAAACGACCCGGCGUCGAGGUCCCCUGGUACGAUUAUACGGCGGGGUUUAAUGUGCAGCCGAAACCGUUCGUUUUUGAUCUAAAGGCAAGGAGCGAGAAGAGAGGUCGCCUUGUGGAGAAGACGUGGGAGAUGGGCAAGGAGAGAGAUCCUCUCGAAUAA